AGGCGAUUCAGAUUGAAGCUUUUACAGCUGCUCUAGACUUCCCGUCCUUGUUCAAACCCUAAAAGAUUCUCGUUUCUGCAGAUUCGAACUCCGCAAUCGAUGUAAUUGCAGAAGAGAAUUCAUGGAAAACCUCUACGGCGGGCGUAAUGAACCGAAAACUCCGACAAUCAAGUAUCUCGACGGCAAGGUGUUGCCGGUCGGUAUCGGCCGCGGUCGAUUUGAAGCUCCGAUACCGCUGAGUCCAGUUUUCGAUCCCUACAUCUCGUCUGGGAGCUCUAAUUCUCCGAGUUCGUUGUCUCCGUUUUUUCGCCGAUCCGGAUCGGGCGUGCCGUUUGACCUAAGCGAUGGCGGCGGCGGUAGAGGACUAGGGUUUCGUUCGCCUCUGGCUUCGAUCGAGAACCUGGUGCCGCAACCGUCGCGGUCUCCGAUUGCGUCGUUGCUAAAGACUCCGGUGAAAGUCGAGGAGGACGUGAUUGUCAUGGACGGCAUUCUCGUUAAGCAGAAAGGCAGUAGUACCAGAUCGAGAGGGACGUCAUCAGAUUCAGGCGAUAAGAAUAGCUUCUACAAGAGGGACAAGUGCUUGUUCUGGGAGGAGUCUGGUUCUUGCCGCUUAGGUUCAAAGUGCCAGUUUGCACAUGGACAGGAAGAAUUGCGUCCGGCUCGUUACGCCACCAAGAUCUGCAAGUCAUUCAAUCUGGGGUCAUGUUCUUAUGGCACGAAGUGCAGAUUUGUUCAUCAGCAAGAGCCAAUGGAGGCCAAUUCAGCAGUUCUAUCCCCAGCUGCUGGAGCUAAAGUGGGCUUCCCUGUCACACAUACUGAAUCCCAACAGCCUGCAGCUAGUGGAGGGAGUAACAUCACCCCUACAAGUGCUUCUGGAGGGAAUUAUAGCACCUCUACAAGGGCUUCUUCUUCUAGUGCUGGACAAACUUCUGGAGGGAAUUAUAGCACCCCUACAAGGGCUUCUUCUUCUACUGCUGGACAAACUUCUGGAGGGAAUUAUAGCACCCCUAUAAGGGUUUCUUCCCAUACUGCUGCACAAGCUUCUGGAGGGAAUAACAGAACCUCUACAAGGGCUUCUUCUUCUACUGCUGGACAAGCUUCUGGAGGGAAUAAUAGCACCUCUACAAGGGCUUCUUCUUCUACAGCUGCACAAGCUUCUGGAGGGAACAAUAGCACUUCUACAAGGGCUUCUUCUUCUGGUACACAUACCAAAUCCCAACAACCAGCUUCUGGAGGGAAUGAAUUCACCUCUACAAGUGCUUCUUCUUCUGCUGCACAAGCUUCUGUAAACACUGGCUGGUCUCCACUGGAUGAUGGUGUCCAGAUCACCUUGCCUGAAAAAACUCCAAUCGGGGAAGAUGUUGAUGCUUAUAUUCAGCGUGUUCUCUAUGGCCCUUCUUGUAGAAAGAGAUUGCCUGCUUUCGUUGAGAUUUGCCCGGAGUAAAGUGAUCUGCCCUCCUCAUGUCCUACCGGUAAUUCCAUAUCAGUCUUUCCAAUUAACCACAACAAACAACCAACACAUACGAUUCUUUGCUAUCAAUCC